GAAAAUUGCAAAUAAGGCCAUAUCUUAUUCUUACGCAGAAAAAAAAAAAAGAAAAAAAAGAGAGGAUGGCUCCUCUCUUGAGUCACGUACCACCAACCCAAAUCCAAGAAAAAAAGAAAAAAAAAAAGCCCAAGAACAAAACGGAAGUUGGAAAUGGUUUAGGGGACUGCUCUAUUUUUUAUUUUCGGUGAGCUCCAUCCAUUACGGAGGGGGAGGAAUCUGGCGGCUAAGAGCCGAGGCUGGGACCAGAAGGCAGUGACUCGGCAAGAAUCGCUCAGGCCGGUCCGGGAGAUCAAGGCAAGCCUGUGCUGAAUCGCUCAAGGUAGUCCGUAGCAAACUGAUUGCUGAAUUCCAGAAGUUAAAAUAGCAGCAGCGAUUGUUGGAGAAAAUUCAGCAAUAACGACACUGGUUUGGAGAUAUGAAUUUCAAUUUUCUUCCAUUUUUUUGGCUGAGCAUUCGAUUUGUUUAAUGUCUAGUUUCACUUCUGGAGUCCAUCAAAAGUGCUUUGCUUUUGCCUAGAACGGUGAAUCCUGAUUGCUAGUUGGUAAUAUUUUAAAUGGUCAGAACAAAUUGCUUUAUUCUUAUUGUUUUAGUUAAUGACUUUAUUGUCAUGAGUACGCUAAAUUUUUAAGUCCUGGAUUAUGAUGAAGUUGCUAUGAUUUAGUAUGAAUUGUGAUUUUAGUUAUGUCAAUUGGCUGAGUUUUAUCCAUUGAUCUUAUUCGCUUAAUUGAUUAUGUUAAUUUCUGGCCAACUUUAGUAUGAUUAAUUAAGUUAUUUGAGUGGAUUAAUAGAGUACAUGCCAUACCUAUUAGUUCGAGCUCUUUUGGAUAAAAGAAUAGAUAAUUCAACUGUCUUGUUAAGUUAUCUAUUUGGUUCUCAAAUCGGGUUUCCGUAGUUCUUUUGUGAUUAAUGGAUUUUAACUAUUGAAUUAAUAAUUUCUAUUUGGUUAAUAGUUAAAGUACAUGACUUAUUCUGGACGCCAUACAGAAUAGUCAUAUUUCUGUCUAGAACGAACCCUCACUUUUAAUUGACUAACUAAAUCACAAAUACUAAAAAUUAGUGACAUAAUCAUAAUCCUGGACUAUCUUUUCUCUUGCUAAAUUCUCAAUCAAUUUUCUGGCAGUUGUUUAAUCAUAUUAUUUAUAUUGAUUUAAAUUCCUUGCAUUCAUUUUAAUUCAAGGUCUGCAUUUUCAGUUUCAAAUCAAAACACUCUCAAAACUCUUUUUAGUUAAAUAUAAUUCCAUUUUAUUAAUAGUUUUCCAAUUACUUAGUUGCAUUUUCCCCAUGGAUUCGACCCUUACUUGAGCACUAUACUACCGUGACUUGUGCACUUGCGAGGACUUAUAAAUUGUCUAUCAAUUUUUAGCGCCGUUGCCGGGGAAUUUGUUUAACUAGUUUUUGGAAAAUUGUUAAUUUAGUUUUAUUUUAGUUAGUUGUAUUUGUUUUUCUUUUCUUUUUUUUUCGUUUUUUUUUGUAUGCUUGGUCGCAGGUCUCUUAAUCCAGAUUUGCUAUCAUUGAACGACCAAGUAGAUUUAAUUGGCAAGAGGAUAAAAAGGCGACUGGAAUUUGUUCCAAAUCCAACAAUGGGUGAUGCUACACUGAUGAAAGAGUUUGGGAGGCCAACUGUAGGUGUCUCCCUGUCCUGCAUUGUACUGAGUGAGGCUGCCCGAAAUUAUGAUCUCAAGACAGUUCACUUUAACCAAUUGUCAUCUUUCCAUGGGCUUGCUUUUGAGGAUGCACUGAUUUUUAUUCGAGAUUUCUAUGGCAUCAUCCAAAAUUUCCCUUUGCAAGGAGUGACUGAAGAUGAGCUGAGGAUGAGGUGUUUUCCAUACACUCUCAAAGAUGCUGCGAAGACAUGGUUUAUGUCUUUAACACCUGGUUCAUUGCGCACAUGGGUUGAUGUCUACAACAAAUUUAUUGGCAAGUAUUAUUCUCAGUCUAAAACUUCAGAACUGAGGAGAAAAAUUGCCAAUUUCACUCAAGCUGAAGGUGAGCCAUUCCAUGAGGCGUGAGAGAGGUUUAAGAUGCUGCUCACUCAAUGUCCACACCACAGCUAUUCACUAGCGCUCCAGAAUCAGACAUUCUACGAUGGUUUGACACAAGGGAGCCAAGCUAUUGUUGACAACGCUCCUGGAGGAGCAAUGGGAGAGAAGACUGCAGAACAAACUUUAGGGCUUUUCGAGAUGCUGGGAGCCAAUUCACAAGAGAAGAGUGUGCGGGGCAAGACUCCAGGAAUUUAUGAAGUGGGAGUUAGGACAGAAUUAGCCAUCCAAAUAUCUGAUCUAUCCAAGCAAAUGAAGAACAUGUGCUCUGUGAUGACAACAAUGAGCAUGUCUACUCCCGUUGUGCAUGCAGUACCUGAAGGUGGUUUUGAGCAAGCCCACAUGAUGAACUCCUACAACCAAGGGCUAUAAAACGAUCCAUUCUUCAACUCCUACAACCCUGGUUGAAGGAAUCAUCCUAAUUUCUCUUGGAGUAACACGCAACAAAGCAAUCAGCCACCACCGAUGCAAAAGAAGCCUUCUUUGGAGGAUACUUUGCAAACUUUCAUGCAGAUCUGCACCCAAAAUCAGCAAACAAAUGAGCAGCGAUUUCAGCAGAAUGAAGCCUCUUUGAGGAAGCUAGAGAUACAAGUGGGACAGAUUGCUGAGUGUUUACAGGGCCAUGUGCAAGGGAAGCUAUCGAGUCAAUCUGAAGAGGCCAAAGCUAUCACGGUUCAAAGAAGUGGGAAGAUAAUUGAGAAAGAUGAACGACAACCUAUUUCUAAGCCACCAGAGAAGGUAGAAGCUGAAAAUAAAGAAGUUGAGGCUGAUCCAGUAGAUGAGGAGAUCGGGCUGCACAAAGGUGAAGAUCCAUAUGUGCCGCCUAAGCCGUAUGUUCCACCCGCUCCUUUCCCAAACAGAUUAGGUUUAUUCUGAACUCAAACAGGUCCAAGAUCACUCUAGGGGCCAUGGGUGAACAUCAAAAGUGGAAGGAAAGUGCAAAAUCUCAAGACAAAAGAAAGAUCCUGAAUUUUUGUGUUGUACUCGGUCGGGUAUGACCUAUACCCGAUCGGGUACCCUGCUGAAAAAUCAAAUCGGAUCAAUCCGGGAACAAAUCAAAAUGCGGGGAAGAUUUUGGCCAUGUUCGAAUGUCAUACCCGAUCGGGUAGCCGACAUACCCGGUCGGGUAUGCAUGACGAUUUUAGCUUCCGGGAAGCUUCUGAGUGUAUCCGAUCGGGAGCCAUAUAUACCCGAUCGGGUGCACACCCCUGCACACUCCAUUUCCCUAUAAAUACAUCCCUUUCCUUCUCAGAAAGACAACCAAUUCCUAUAUACUUCUAAGCUCAGUCUAGAAUAGUUCUUUCUUUAUAUUUUCAUCAUGUUUAGUCUCCAAAUGAGGAGUUAAACUCUUCCAUCUUGGUUUUGCUACUUUGAAGCUUAAUGAAUUUGUAAGUUGUGAGUUAUUCUCUUUAAUUUUCUUCCUU